AUGUCACAAACUUCCUACUUGGUCCCCAUUGGCUCAAGCCUGACAGACAUUCUCGCAGCACAACGCGGCGUCUUCGGGGGUCUUGUCCUUGCUGUCUUCGUCUUUUUACUGCCGACUCUCCAUCUUCUCAGACGAUGGGCGCUGCCCAAGCCCAUCCCUGGCAUCCCCUUUCGGCCUGAAGCGCCACGCAGCAUCCUCGGCGACAUUCCCGCCCUGCUGAAGGCCAUGUCAGACCCAGACCAUACAUACAUGCACUGGAUCGAGCAGCAGAUGCGAGAGCUCGACACGCCCAUCAUGCAGCUCUUCAUACGUCCAUUUUCGAGGCCUGUCCUCGUUCUUGCCGACUUUCGAGAGGCCCAGGAUAUCCUCAUGCGGCGCAAGGAGUGGGACCGGUCAGAUAUGCUUCGCGACCUCUUUGGCGGCCUGAUUCCCGGCCAUCACGCCCGGGAGCGCACAAACGAGGUGUGGAAGUCCCACCGCCGCCUGCUGCAGGAUCUCAUGUCGCCGCCUUUUCUACACAACGUGGCCGGUCCGGCCGUGUACGCCAAUGCGCUGAACCUGAUCCGCCUCUGGGACGUCAAGGCCGGCAUCGCCCGGGGCCGGCCCUUUAGCGCUAAUGACGACGUUUACAAGUCGGCCCUCGACGCGGUGCAAGCCUUUGCGUUUGGCUCCGACUUUGAAUACAACGCGACGAGGCCCAACGUGGAACUGCUGGAUGCACUAGGUGGUGAUGACAUCCGGGCAUUGCUGAGCGCUGGCGGCGGCGGCGACUACGCCGGUGAGGACGCACCCGUCUUGUUCCCCGAGGCGGAGCCACAUGAGGUCGUCACCGCUACCCUGCAGCUCGCGGAAUCGGUCGAAAAGGUCCAAGGCUGGCCGUCCAUGUCUCUGGCUUGGAAGCUCUUGCGUCUCAUGCCAAGGCAUCGUCGCGCCGAGCGUAUCAAAGACGCAUACAUCCUCACCGAGCUCAAGCGUGCCGUAGGAAACCUGCAGCUCUCGCACUUUGAUGAUAAGAACCACGAGCCGCGUUCGGCCGUGGAGCACAUGACGCGCCGCGAGGCGAAGAUGGCCGAGAAGAUGGGCAGAAAGCCCGAUUUCUACUCGCAGGACAUGAUCAGCGAGACAUUUGGUUUCGUCAUUACCGGCCACGACACGACCAGCACCACUGUGCUCUGGGCUUUGAAGCGGCUGGCCGACAACCCUGUCCCGCAAGCGCGCCUAAGGUCUGCCCUCGUGGGUGGAUUUCCUGGGGCGGUUUCGGACUGUCGGAAUCCUUCAAUAGGAGAGAUCACGGGCACUACCAUUCCCUACCUGGACGCUUUCAUGGAAGAAGUUCUACGCGUGGCUGGCACCAAUGCAGCGCUAGACCGCCAGGCCAUGAACGACACAAAGCUGCUCGGGUACCCGGUGCCCAAAAACACCGUCAUGUUGAUUCUCACCCAAGGCUACAAGGUCAGCAGAACCCCCUUCCAGAUCGAGGAGGGCCGCCGCAGCCAGAGCAGCCAGGCAGUCUUGGACAGGGGCAGGGCUCGCAGCGAGUGGGACGCAGAUGACGUGUCGAGCUUUAAGCCUGAGAGGUGGCUCGUCCCGUCCCCGGGAGCAACGGCAUCGGAAGUACAAGUCAGCUUCAACCCUGAGGCGGGGCCUCAACUGGCCUUUGGCUUGGGAAUGAGGGCCUGCUAUGGCCGCCGACUCGCGUACUUGGAGUUGAGAAUCAUGCUCACCCUCAUUGUGUGGAACUUUGAGCUUCUGCCCUGUCCCGAUGACCUGUCAAAGUACAGCGCCAGGAUCGGGGUGACGACGAAGCCAAAGUCGUGCUACGUUAGGCUACGCAAGAUCACGCCAUGA